AUGUUAACGACCGAAACUUCUACAGCGAUCUCUGCCAUCGAACACAUUUCAAACAACAUGUCUGACCGGCCAGUGGUCUACAUCCAGCGUUCCGAGUCGUUCAGUGCCUGCCACAGAUUGCAUAGCCGACAUCUGUCCAAUGCAGACAACGCUGCCCUGUAUGGGAAGUGCAAUCAUCCAAACGGUCAUGGGCAUAACUACAAAGUAAAAGUUACUCUUAAAGGCCCGGUUGAUCCAGUGACUGGAAUGGUCAUCAAUAUUGUAGACUUGAAACAAUACAUACAGGAGGCAAUCAUGUCUGUCCUGGACCACAAGAAUGUCGAUAAAGAUGUACCAUUUUUUAAACAUCAAGUUAGUUCAAUGGAGAACAUCACAGUUUUCAUCUGGAACAGCAUGAAAGCCAAACUGGGAGAUUUACUGUACGAGAUCAAAGUACAUGAGACAGAUCACAAUGUUGCUUGGUACAGGGGAGAGAAAUCAAAUUAG